AUUUCCCCUUUUUUUAAUAUAUAAAUAAUGAUAUUUUCUAUCAUUGUAACGAUAUAUUUUUUUACUAUUGAAUUAAAAAUAUGAUUUCAAUUUUGAAAUUAUUAAAAAGUACCAAUUAUCAAGUAUUCAAUAGAAAUUUAAAAAGGGAAGUAAAUAUCAAUUUGUUUCUUAAACGACAUGGACGAGUACAAAUCAUUUUUGGUCGAUUUUUUAGCUGGAGGAAUUUCUGCUGCAAUUUCAAAAACUGCAGUUGCACCGAUAGAACGUGUAAAAAUUCUUUUACAAGUACAAGAAACUUCGCGGCACAUUAAAGCUGAACAACGAUAUAAAGGUCUUCUUGACGUCUUAAUACGAGUUCCUAAAGAAACUGGAUUCUUCAGUUUAUGGAGAGGGAAUUUAGCAAAUGUCAUUCGAUAUUUUCCCACUCAGGCUUUAAAUUUUGCCUUUAAGGACAAAUUUAAAAAAAUCUUUUUGGAAGGUGUGCCAAAAGAUGAUUUUUGGAAACAAUUUGGUGGAAGUUUGGCAGCUGGUGGUGCUGCAGGAGGAUCUUCUUUAAUUUUUGUAUAUCCUCUAGAUUAUGCGCGAACACGAUUAGCAGCAGACAUUGGAAAGGAGAAAACAAGAGAAUAUAGUGGAAUGAUAGAUUGUAUUUCAAAAACAUUUAAAUCAGAUGGACCAAUUGGUCUAUAUAGAGGAUUUUUUGUCAGUGUUCAAGGAAUUGUAAUUUAUCGAGCAACUUAUUUUGGAUUUUACGACACUUUAAAGAGCCUAUUACCGAAUCCUAAAGAGACACCAUUGAUUGUAAAUUUUUGUAUCGCCGAGUUAGUAACAACGUUUGCUGGAAUUAUUUCCUAUCCAUUUGACACGGUGAGAAGGAGAAUGAUGAUGCAAUCAAAUAGAGCAAAGUCUGAUAUGAUGUAUCAAAGCACAAUAGAUUGUUGGAUAAAAACAUUCAAAACAGAGGGACCGAAAGCUUUUUUUAAAGGAGCAUUCUCAAAUAUUUUACGUGGAACUGGUGGAGCUCUCGUAUUAAUUUUAUAUGACGUUUCAAAAGAUUUAAUUGAAAAAUCGAUAAUCAAUUAAUUAUUAAGUAUUCGUUUUCAUUUAUGGGAAUUUUGUAAAAUAGUUGCAAAUAACGAAAAAAAAAAGAAAACGAAAAUACUCUAUAGACAUAUACAUUUAUUUUCAAUAAUCAUUACCUUAAAAAAUAUAUAUUUAUACAUUUACGAACUAAA